CUGACUCGGACCAGCGUUGUCGGUUGUUCUGUCGUUCCCGGGAGACGGCGGCGGUGGUUUCCAUGAACAGAAUGGUGCAUGAUGGGACGCCGUGUUCCUACGACGACGCCUUCAGUGUGUGCGUCCGAGGAGAGUGUGAGCAUGUCGGCUGUGACGGUCAGAUUGCGUCGGAUCAGCAGGAGGAUCGAUGUGGAAUCUGUGGAGGAGACAACUCCAGCUGCAAGAUCAUCAAAGGGAACUUCACCCGCAGCACCAAGAAGCAAGGGUACCUGAAGAUCCUGGAGAUCCCUAAAGGAGCGCGUCACCUGCUGAUCCAGGAGUUCAAAGGAACACCUCACAUCCUGGCCGUGAAGAACCUGGAGACGGGUCACCUAUUCCUCAAUGACGAAGACGAGCUCCCAGAAUCCCGAGCAGUGAUCGAGAAAGGUGUGGCCUGGGAGUACAGCAACACGGAGGAGCAGGAGUCGCUGCAGACCGCCGGGCCGCUGAAGUACGCCAUCCUGCUCAUGGUCCGUUCCCACGGUGACGCCAAGGUGACGGUCUCCUACAAGUACAUCAUCCAGGACCGCCUGCGGUCGUCGCUGGAGUCCAACCUGGUGCAGGAGGACGCUGUCUUCUACGAGUGGGCGCUGAAGAGGUGGUCGCACUGCUCCAAACCCUGCGGAGGAGGGAAACAGUACACCAGGUUUGGCUGCCGGAGGAAGGCAGAUGGAAAAAUGGUUCAGAGGACAUUCUGCUCCAACAUCAACAAGCCGAGAGCUAUCAGCCGCAACUGCAACACUGAGGCCUGCCGCUCACCACGCUGGCUCUCCGGAGACUGGCAGCCCUGCAGUGCCUCCUGUGGGCAGACCGGGUGGCAGCGCCGCUGGGUGAGCUGCCAGCAGGCGUCCAGUGGGGGGCAGCAGCGCUCUGUAAACAGCAACCUCUGUGGAGAUGACCGGCCGGAAGCCAAACGGACCUGCAACCGCUUCCCCUGCCCUGCCGCCUGGAGGGUGGGGCCCUGGACCCCGUGUUCGGCCUCAUGUGGAAACGGCACUCAGGAGCGUCAGGUCGCCUGCUCCGGUCCGGAGGGAUCUGCCUCAAACUGCAGCGGACCAGCACCAAUGACAACUCGCACCUGCCAGGCCCCGCCCUGCAGCGGCGACCAGAAGAACGCCAUCGUCCUUUGGCUGUCUAGGUCCAACCCAGACUUCCCCUCUGCCAAGAUCUCCUCCAGGCAGCGUUGCCGCGGUGACCGCUCUGUGUUUUGUCGGAUGGAGGUUCUGAGUCGGUACUGCUCUAUUGCCGGAUACCAGCAGAUGUGCUGCAAAUCCUGCAGCGAGGGCAACUUCAGCAACUCCAGCAACUUCAGCAACUCCAGCAACUUCAGCAACUCCAGCAGCACAAACCUGCCAGCAGACAUCAGCUCGUGGACUCCAACCACACAGAUGAUGACAUCAGCGUCCACCUGGUCUGACAGCAGCCACGUCAUCAGUGAUGUCAUCAGCACGCCACCUCCCAGCUUCACAGUGACUCCACCCCCCAUCAGCAGGAGCAGCGCCGACUUCAUCUACGUGGAGUAUGACGACUACGACGAGUACUCAUCCUACGAGGAUCCGUCGCUGCUCUCUGAGACUCUGCGUACUACAACCACUACCACUACUACGACUAGUACCACUAUGACCAUUACUCCUGCUAGUACUACGACACCUACAAGGCGUCCCAGGAAAACUGUUCCACCACAUUUUUUCCAGAGGAAAACUCCCACAAGUCCUCCUGCUACAGCUGCCGUGGUAACUGUGGAGGGUGGGAGCCAGACAGCAGGACCUGAUGACAUCAUCACCACCACAUCAUCAGGGGGGCGGAGCCUCCACAGUAACAUCACGCUGACGGACACGGAUUCGGCGUCGUUCUUCCCGCUCUCCAAGACAGACAACAACUCGGUGGAUGAGGUUUCGUACCGGAUCGUGGGGCUGGACAGCGACGCCACCAGGGGGCAGCAGAACUACUUUGUGCCACGGAUGCCACCGUUUCGCGAACGAACGCAAAACAAACGCAUCCAGCAGCUCCUGAACGAGAAGCGGCGUCAGGAGCUGCUGAGGAGGCCGAGCAGGACGAGCAAGAGCCGGACCGCUGGGAAACACUGACGCUGCAGGUUUCCCGCCGCUCGCCACAACGCAUGUGCAGCUUCUCACGCUACGCUAACAAACUGCGCUAACGAACAGACACAGACUGAAGCCGCUUCCUGAAGUUUACAGCCUGAAAUCAAAGUGUCACAGCCACGUAGACAGAAAGCUGCAGCUCAGUUUCACUGGUUUUCAUGUUUGUACCAAAUAAUCCAGUUUGUGAAUAAAGCAGACCUUCAUCCAGCUGCUGUCGCUGUGACUCACCAACA